CACGCGAGUUUUAUGUCCCUCUCUUCCCUCCAAACCACUCUCUUCUUCUUCUGCUAAAUUCUCUCUUAAUUCGCAUCUUGUGUCGCUAAACGUUUGUGUUUUCUGUUCUGCCCUUUACCACUCACGUUGGAAAAUGGCACCUUCAACAAAAGGCCUCAAUGCAAAGCUCGAGAAGCCAGAGCAUGCGCUACAAGCAAUUGUUUUGUCCGACUCUUAUAACUAUCGGUUUCGACCUUUAACUUUGGAUAAGCCAAGAUGCCUCUUGCCGCUUAUGAAUACCCCUCUCAUUGAAUACACAUUUGAAUUUCUGGCACUUGCCGGUGUCCAAGAGGUUUACGUUUUCUGUUGUGCACACGCCGAUCAAGUCCGUGAUUAUAUUGCGAACUCUAAAUGGAACACCUCUGCUUCUCCAUUCAAGGUCUAUACCAUUGUGUCACGAGAAUCACUUUCAGUUGGUGACGCCUUGCGAGAACUGGACGCCAAGCAACUCAUCACGUCUGACUUUAUUCUUGUUUCUGGUGAUGUCGUGUCAAACGUUCCCCUUGCUGACGUUCUUGCAAAGCACAGAGCAAGGAGAGAGGUUGACAAAAAUUCAAUCAUGACAAUGGUUGUUCGUGAAGCGAGUCCUUACCAUCGUACUCGUGCUCAAAGCGAGUCGUCCGUGUUUGUGAUUGACAAAAAAACACAGCAAUGUGUUCAUUACGAAGCAAAUGAACAGGGAAAGAAAGCUAUUUCUCUCGAUCCUCAAAUCCUUAGUGAACAUGAAGAGCUUGAAAUUCGGAAUGACCUCAUUGACUGCCAGAUUGACAUCUGCUCCAACGAUGUUCCUGCGCUUUUCACCGAAAACUUUGAUUAUCAAGACAUUCGUAAAGAUUUUGUUUACGGUGUUCUGACUUCAGACUUGCUUGGCAAAAAAAUCCAUUGCUAUGUAGCUAAAGAUCACUACGCUGCUCGUGUGCGUAGUUUACAGACGUACGAUGCUAUUAGCAAAGAUGUAAUAGCUCGGUGGACUUAUCCCCUCGUACCCGACAGCAACCUUUUGGGCCAAACUUUCAGCUACCAACGCUCUCAGAUUUACAAGGAAGAAAAUGUUGUACUUGCUCGCUCGUGUGUUGUUCGUUCAAAGUGUUUAAUUGGUGCAUACACUACUAUUGGCGAUGCCACUGUCGUAUCUGAUACAGUUAUUGGAAGAAAUUGUACCAUCGGAUCUAACUGUAAGCUUGAAGAUACAUUUUUGUGGGAAAACGUUUCAGUUGGAGACAACUGUACUAUUCAGAAAGCCAUCAUUGCUGAUGGUGUUACCAUUGGUAACAACUGUACGAUUGAAGAAGGUGCAGUUAUUGCAUCAGGUGUCGUUGUUGGCAACAAUGUUGUUAUUCCCGGUGAUAUGCGUCUGACGAUUCACGAAUCACAUUCACAAGGAAUACCCGAUGACCCUGAACUUGUCGGUGAAGGCGGUCAUGGUUUGGAGUACUGCGCUGAAGAAGACUCAGAUGAGGAAGAGUUGAUGGAGGCUUCUGGCCUGGUUCAAAAAUUCAGUGCAGUUGACAUUGAGUCAUCCUCUGAUUCGGACUACUCGUCUUCAAGCGAGGAUGAUAUGGACUUCCCCAACGCCUUUUCAGCUCGCCGUGAUUCUGUUACGACUAUGAAUUCAGAGGACUUUGACGAAGGGGACUUUAACAAAGAGGCUCAACAAAGUCUUGAACGUGCUUUCGAAGAAAAUCAUGAAGUUGAUAUUGCUGUUUUAGAACUAAACACCCUCAGAAUGGCUAUGAACGCGAAUUAUCACGAAGUUAGAAGCGCCAUUGUUAUGGCACUUCUUAAGUACAUGAUUGCACUGGGUUCUCCUAUUCGUGAUGCUGUGAACAAAGUUAUGUCACGGUGGUCGCCCCUGCUUGCACGGUUAACGUUUAAUCAAGAUGACCAGGUUGACGUUAUGUUGUCUUUACAAAGAUAUUGUGUGCGCUUCAACGCCUCUCGUUACUUCCCUCUUAUUCUCACAUACUUUUAUAAUGAAGAGGUGGUCGAUGAAGACGGUUUCCAUCAAUGGUAUGAUGAUCCUCGCGCCAGUGCCGGUGAAAAUGCUUCGCUUUACAAUGGCUCUGGUCAACAAUUUAUGGAAUGGCUUGAUACUGCCGAAAGUGAAAGCAGUAGUGAAGAAGAAGAAGAAGCCUAAAGUGACCCUUGAGCUGGAAUCUUCAUUUCAUCGGGGACAAAAAAAGUUUAUAGAUUACAGUUCAUUUUCGGUAAAAUAAAAUGUUUGCGCCGUCUGCUGGAAUUAUUCAAUUACAUUGGUGUAGAAAAUUCUUUCUAGUGAAACCAGUUAAACAAUUGAAUCGUUCUUUGUGUAGGAUUUCACACGUUAAUCAAAUUGCCGAACAGUUUUAUUCAUUCGCUU